AUGGCCCUGGGACAGAGGCUGUUCAUCACUAUGUCCCGGGGAGCAGGACGACUUCAGGGCACGCUGCGGGCUCUCAUCUUCCUGGGCGUCCUAGUGGGCAUGGUGGUGCCCUUGCCUGCAGGCACCCGCGCCAACAGCACGCUGCUGCACUCCAGGGGCUGGGGCACCCUGCUGUCCCGGUCUCGCACCGGGCUCGCCGGACAGAUUGCCGGGGUCAACUGGGAGAGUGGCUAUUUGGUGGGGAUCAAGCGGCAGCGGAGGCUCUACUGCAACGUGGGCAUCGGCUUUCACCUCCAGGUGCCCCCCAGCGGCCAGAUCAGCGGGACCCACGAGGAGAGCCCCUACAGCCUGCUGGAGAUCUCUACAGUGGAGCGAGGUGUGGUGAGUCUCUUUGGAGUGAAAAGCGCCCUGUUCGUUGCCAUGAGCAAUAAAGGAAGACUAUACACAACGCCCAGCUUCCAAGAGGAAUGCAAGUUCAGAGAAACCCUCCUGCCCAACAACUACAACGCCUAUGAGUCGGACGUGCACCGAGGGACCUACAUCGCACUGAGCAAAUACGGAAGGGUGAAGCGAGGCAGCAAGGUGUCCCCAACCAUGACCGUCACUCACUUCCUCCCCAGGAUAUAA